ACUCUGUUUCCUUUUUUCUCUCCUUUGUCUUUAUCUCUCUGUUUCUUUAUAAACACUUCUCUUUCUUUUCUCAAAUCUUGGAGAAGAAAGAAGCAAAGAAUUCUUGGGAAAGAGUAAAAAACACAAAAAAGUUAAAUCUAGUUCCAUCUAUUAACCCAAUCAGAAUCAUAAUACCUCUGCAACAAUGGCUGCUCUUCCUCUCCGCAAGGACAACAAGAUGCAUUGGUGGUUCACUCACAAGAAGCUUGUUGAUAACUACAUUAAAGACGCAAAGUCUCUGAUGGCGAGUGAGGACCAAAACGACGCUGCUUCAGCUAUUCAUAUACUUGACGCCGCUUUAUCGAUAUCGCCGCGUUCCGAAAUCGCGUUAGAGCUUAAAGCCAGAGCUUUGCUUUUUCUCCGUCGCUACAAGGACGUAGCUAACAUGCUUCAAGAUUACAUUCCUAGCCUCAAACUCGCCGCUAAAGACGAAGAAGGGUCCGUUUCAUCCGACGGUUCUUACUCUUCCUCCUCCUCUUCUUCAUCCUCCUCUCAACUCUCGAGGAAACUUCUCUCUCCUAACCGUGACUCCUCCUCCAUUCCAUUCACGUGCCUCUCGCUUUCUGACUUGAAGGAGAAAGUAAUGGCGGGGAUCUGUAGAAAUGGCGAUAAGGAAAAACAACAGUGGAGAUAUGCUGUAUUGGGACAAGCUUGUUGCCACCUAGGAUUAAUGGAGGACGCAUUGGUUCUUCUUCAGACCGGGAAACGCCUCGCAACCGACGAGUUCCGUCGUCAGAGUAUAUGCUGGUCCGACGAUAGCUUCUGUGUCCUCCUAUCCGACUCCGAGUCAUCAUCCUCUGCUUAUUCUUCUCCAAGAAAACUCCCUGAAUGCGAAACCGUCUCUCGCCUUCUCGCACACACAAAGGUCCUCCUCCGCCGUCGCGCCGCCGCAUUCGCCGCAUUUGACGCCGGACACUAUUCGGAAUCCAUCCGCCACUUCUCCAAAAUCCUCGACGGACGCCGUCGUCCGGCGCCGCAAGGCUUCCUCGCUGAUUGCUACAUGCACCGCGCCGCCGCGUACAGAUCCGCCGGGAAAAUCGCGGAGGCGAUCGCCGAUUGCAACAAAACGCUGGCUCUCGAGCCGUCGUGCAUCCACGCGCUGGAGACGAGGGCUGCGCUUUUGGAAACGGUUCGGUGUUUGCCUGACUCGCUUCACGACUUAGAGCACUUGAAGAUUCUUUACAACACGAUCUUACGUGAUCGGAAGCUUCCCGGACCGCCGUGGAAACGACACAACGUGAAGUACAGAGAGAUCCCCGGGAAGUUAUGCGUUUUGACGACGAAGUCGAAGUUUUUGAAAGCGAAGAUCGCCAACGGAGAAAUCGGGAACGUUGAUUGGUAUGGUUUGAUCGGAGUUAGACGCGGAUGCUCAAGAUCGGAGCUUGAUCGAGCCAAUGUCGUGUUGACUCUCAGACAUAAGCCUGAUAAGGCCUUGUUGUUCAUCGAUCGUUGUGAUUUCGCCGAUCAGAAGGAGGUUAUCGCUGUUAAAGAUCGGGCGAGUAUGGCUUCGUUGUUGCUUUACCGUUUGAUUCAAAGAGGUUACUCCGUUUUGACGGCAACGAUAGCAGAGGAGGAACAGAGGAAGAUGACGAUGGUGUUGACUCAAAAGUCAGUGAAAGUGGUUGAAGAACAUGAACCGGUUGAGAAGCCUGGUUCGGUUAAGAUAAACAGUUUCUCAGAUGUUAAACCGGGAAAUUCAAGCGCGUAUCAAGGAGUUUUCUGUCGAGAUCUUGCCGCGGUUGGGAGUUUGCUAUCUAGGACCAGUUUUAACCAACCGAUUCCAAUGAAAUACGAAGCACUCAGCUGUUAAAUGUUUAACCGGGGAAGUACACGAACCAAGAAAGUGGAAACGACUCCGUUCCCGGGCGAUUUAAAAAUCAGUUAAUGUAUCUAUCCAUAUAUGCAUGUAAUAAAAUUCCGCUAUAAUUUUUUUUUGUCACUUUUAAUAUUCGUCUCUAUUAAGUUUCUUGUCUUUACUUCUGCAAAGAUAAUGCUUAAAGUGUUGGAUUAAAAUUACU